AACCAUAUGAGCCUAAGUCCAAAAUUUCUUAUUUUUUAGGUUAUUGCACGUAUGUUCUUAAAAUUUCAUUUUACAUCCAGCCAUACCAUCGUAACUCCGCUAAAAAUUCUAUUUUUAUGAUUUAUCAAAGGUUAUAUGAGUCUAAGUCCUGAGGUAUAUCAGAACCAGACAAACUUAACUCCACCUAUGAUGUUAUGGUUCUGAACAUUGAGCAUUUCAGCAAAAACCUAAGUCCACAAAAUGGACUUGCCAUUGUCUGGCCCUAGCCACUAUACUCAUUUAGUCUCAAGUCCUGUUUUCUGAACAGCUGAUGACUGUCAAUAAUACUGUUGAUAUUGCUGCUGCCUGCUAUUAGAGAGAUUAUUGAGGUUAGGACUGAGCUGUACUAAUCAAAGUUUUAUUCUACUUUUAACAAAACGUUUUGGUAUUAAUAUGGAAAGUAGGGGAAAGUUUAUACUUUCCAAAUUGAAAAACCUUAAUACGUUCACUGAAGAUAAUCUGAAACCUGAAACUAAUGAUUGUCCUAGCAAUCAAUCAGUAGAAGUUCCACGAAGAAAUUCCACUCCUUCACCGACUUUAACCGAAUUAAAAGUAUUGAAUCCAGAUUGCACAUCCAUCCUCGUUUUACCUGACAAUGACUCAACCCAAUGGAAUUUUAACAUGCAUGAAAGUGAAAAUAUCCAAGUUGAAAGAGAAACUAGUAAAGACGUACAUCUUCUUAAUUUCAUUUCAACUCCAGUAGAACCAGAGUCAAAUGAAUGGGAGCUAGAGACGAUAACACAAGUGACAAACAUGGAACAAGAAUCUGGAGCAUCGACAACACUGGAAGAUUUAGAUGAUGCGCUAUCUUCUGUGAGCGACCUAUUUGAGAAUGACAUCGAUGAUCCAACAUACACUCCACCUUCAGGUUCAGAGAGUGAUUCAACUUUAAGUAACGAUUUAGAACAAGUACAAAGUCAAUCUGUAAGUACAAAUACUACAGCAAAUAAUAAUAAUAUAAUACCUCUGGUACCAUACACCGAUUCAGAUGACACGGAGAGCGAGUUACCGAUAGUUUACUCAACCUAA